UCUGUAUGCAUGUGUGUGUGUGUGUGUGUGUGUGGGGUUUUUUCUAUUUUUUCCUCAGGUUGUGAAGCAGGAUUACGCACACGAGCAGCACAUACACCGAACCUGAAGCACCGUCCGCGCCGCCUGAGUUCCGUGCAGCAGCAGCAGAAGCAGCGGCGGCAGCAGCAGAGGCUGAGGGUUCGAUUCCUGUCUGUCUGCGGAGGAGAAAACAGAGGAAAAUGUCAGCCAGAGGAGGAAAGAAGAAGGCCACUAAGCUGUCCCGCUCUUCCCGGGCAGGCGUCAUCUUUCCUGUGGGUAGGAUGAUGAGGUACCUGAGAACAGGCACGCACAAAUACCGCAUCGGCAUGGGGGCGCCGGUCUACAUGGCCGCUGUCAUUGAGUACCUGGCAGCUGAGAUCUUGGAGUUGGCGGGAAACGCAGCUCGGGACAACAAGAAAGGCCGAAUAACUCCCCGGCACAUCAAACUAGCUGUGGCUAACGACGAGGAGCUCAACCAGCUUCUGCGGGGCGUGACCAUCUCAAAUGGCGGAGUUCUGCCCCGCAUCCACCCGGAGCUGCUCUCAAAGAAGCGGGGAGGACGCGUGAAGGUGGACAGCCAGUCGUCCGUCCCCGAGAAGCAGGAGGAGGUCUCAAAGCGUAAGAAGCCCGUCAAAACCUUCAAGAAGGUCAAAGGCAAACGAGGACGAAAGCCAAAGAGCACAGACAACGACAAAGACUCAGUACCAAACUCCACGGCUGAGGACGGUCCAGGAGACGGAUUCACCAUCCUCUCUGCAAAGAGUCUGUUCCUUGGACAAAAGCUUUCACUAACAGAGAGUGAAAUCAGCAAGAUCGGAACAAUCAAGGUGGAGGGGAUCAUAAACCCGACCAAUGCAGAGAUGGACCUUAAAGACGGAGUCGGGAACGCUCUGGAGAAGGCCGGAGGUCGGGAGUUCCUGGACGCAGUGAAGGAGCUGCGGAAAGCACAGGGACCUCUAGAGGUGGCGUCAGUGGCGGUGAGUCAGGCCAGUGGGAUGGCAGCUCGCUUCAUCAUCCACUGUAACGUCCCUCAGUGGGGUUCAGAGAAGUGUGAGGACCAGCUGGAGAAGACGGUGAAGAACUGUCUGUCAGCAGCAGAAGAGAAGAAGCUCAAGUCUGUCGCGUUCCCUUCACUUCCUGCUGGACGGAACGGAUUCCCAAAGCAAACGGCCGCGCAGCUCAUCCUCAAGGCCAUCUCCAACCACUUUGUGUCGUCCGCCAGCUCCUCCCUGAAAAACAUUUACUUUGUUCUGUUUGACAGCGAGAGCAUCGGGAUUUACCUGCAGGAAAUGGCCAAGCUGGACGCCAAGUGAGGACCCCGCCCGUGUGUGUGUGUGUGUGUGUGCGUGUGUGUGUGAGUGUGUGUGUAGUCUGCCAUGUUUUUACUUUCUCAGUGUUGUUUGUUGUAGACACGACGACAGUAGGGUUUUUGGUUAAAGAGAAAAAAAAAUAAAAAUAAUAAUAAUAAUAAAGAAAUAAAGAAAAACAAAGAAAAAAAAGCUGUUAUUUGUGAGUGUCGUUGACGUUUAUGUCCCGCUGUCCCUUCACCAGAUGAAUUCUUUAUAGAUUAGAUCAUUUGCUGUUUUCUCUGAUGUUUUUACAUUCCAUGUACAAAUAUAACAGUUUUAGUUUUUCCUCUCUGGCUGCUGUAGUUUCUGAUGCAGUUAGUUUACUAAGAAAUAAAAAAAGAAAAAAGAAAGGAAAAAACUGUGGUUCUCAUUUUUUUUGCUUUGAAAUAAAGACCCAGAUGUUUUUACACCA